AUGGUUGCCCAAUCCCUCAUCCUCACCCUCGGUGUCGUGGCACUCCGAGGCGUCGCCGCCUCGUACGAGGUCGCCCAGCCUGCGGGCUACGCGACCGACCCUGCCCCUGCCGUUGGCGGAGGCUAUGCCACCUCGGGUGGCAGCAGCGGCUCCGACUCGGGCUAUGGCGGCGGUGGCUCUGGUGGCUCGUCUGGUGGAUACGGUGGCGGCGAGUCGGGCGAGUCAUCGGGUGGAUAUGGCGGUGGUGAGUCGGGCGAGUCCGGCGGUGGCUACGGAGGUGGUUCCUCUGGCGAGUCAGGAGGCGAGUCUGGUAGUGGAGGAUACGGCGGCGGAGAGUCUGGUGAAUCCGGUGGCGAGUCUGGCGGUUAUGGUGGUGGUGAGAGCGGAGAGUCUGGCGGUAAGGGAGGGUCUGGAGGCUAUGGUGGAAGCGAGGGAGGCUCUGGCUCCGGGGGUUAUUCUGGUGAUAGCAGUCCCUCAGAGUCUGGCUCUGGUGGACACGGUGGUGGUGAGUCGGGCUCUGGCUCUGGCGGCUACUCUGGCGGCGCAAGCCCUGCCGAGUCUGGAUCUGGCUCAGGCCACUCCGGCAGCGGCGGCCAGGGCGGCGAGAGUGGUGGCUCUGGAGGCUACGGCGGUGGUGAGGAGGAAGAGGACGAUGAGUGCGAGGCCGAUGAUGGCGAGUACGAUGAGGAUGAGGAGCCAGCUGGUUACGGAGUCUCUGGUGGUUACGGCUCUGGCGGCUCUGGCGAGGGCGAGGGCCAGGAGGGUGGUGCUUCGGGCGCAUACAGUGGUGGUGAGAGUGGUGAAGGCGGCUCUGGUGGCCAGGGUGGCGAGGGUGGCCAGGGAGGAGAAGGCUCUGGCUACAGCAAACCCGGUGACAGCUACGGAGGCGGCGACAGUGAGGGAGGCUCGGGUGGUAGCUCCGGCUCUGGAGGUUCCGGUGAGGGUGGUGAGGGCGAGAGCUCUGGCUACAGCGGCGAAGGUGGAUCCGGAGGCUCUGGCCAGGGUGGCGAAGGCUCCUCCUCAGGCUACAGCGGUGAGGGUGGAUCCGGAGGCUCUGGAGGUUCCGGAGAGGGUGGUGAGGGUGAAAGCUCUGGCUACAGCACCGAGGGUGGCGAGAGCUCUGGCUCUGGUUACGGCCAAGGCGGAGAGGGUGAGAGCUCUGGUUCUGGCGAGGGCGGAUCCGGAGGCUCAGGGGGCUCUGGCGAGGGUGGAUCUGGAGGCUCUGGAGGCUCUGGUUCUGGAAGCUCUGAGGGAGGCGCCAGCGCCGCUGACUGUGACGAGAAUGGCAACCCCAUUGGUGGUGGCUCGUCCGGCGGUGAAUCGGGUGGUGAGUCUGGUUCCUCUGGAAGCAGCUCGGAAGGCUCCAGCGGUAGUGAAGGUGGUUCAUACGAUUCUGGUAGCGGUUCUGGAUCAUCGUACGACACCCCUUCAACCUUGACCACCCAAUACAUCACCGCUACUGUGGUUCCCGAGCCGGCUGGCGAAGGUUACUCUGGUGAGUCGUCUGGAGAGGAAAGUGGAAGUGACUACUCCAGCGGAGAGUCAGGCGAUUCCAACGAGUCAGAGGGCGGCAAGGGUUACAAGACCUUGGGCGAGAGCUUGCUCGGUCUGCAAUGGCUCAAGUGGUUGCUUCACUGGGUCUAA